UGCUAUUUCAACCCUUAAUUAAACCACAAAUUUUUACCUUAAAAAGCUUAAACCAAAUACAAUAAUCUGGUAGUUGCUGCCAUCAGAGGUCUCAGCCGGUUGACAUUCAUUAACUUUCCAAAAAAGUUAGGUUAUACCUUAGUUUAUGUUAUUAAACACUUUAUUAGUUGCUACCCGGGUGUUAGGACAAGGCAGUCUUGUAUCAAAGCACUUCCUAUUAAUUCAGCAGCGUGCAGGUAUGUCGAAGAAAGCCCUCGUUUUCCUCGCACCUGGUGCCGAAGAAAUGGAAUUCGUCAUAGCCGUAGACGUUCUGCGCAGGGGAGGCCUUGACGUAACGGUCGCGGGGUUACCGGAUGUUUCUGCAGUCAAAUGCAGUCGCGAAGUCGUCAUCAAACCCGACGUUGCGGUUUCGGCCGCCUCUUCCAAAGGACCUUUCGAUGUUAUCGUUUUACCCGGCGGAUUGGGUGGUUCCAAAGCGAUGGCUGAUUCAAAAAUCGUCGGCGACUUGCUUAGAGAUCAAGAAAAGUCAGGCGGGUAUAUCGCGGCCAUUUGCGCAGCCCCAACUGCGUUGAAGGCUCAUGGAGUUGCGCGAGGCAAAAGUCUCACCUCAUAUCCAGCCAUGAAAGGUCAAAUGGAAGAAGACGGACUAUACGAAUACAAGGAAGAGGACGUUGUCGUCGACGGCAAGUUGAUCACGAGUCGCGGUCCGGGUACAGCUUUUAAAUUCGCGCUGACGGUGGUGGAGAACACGGUGGGCAAAGAAAAGGCUUCUGAAAUCGCCAAAGCUAUGCUGGUUUCAUACUAGGCCCCCCGAAAGUGGAUUACUCAUAUUGUAUAUUAAAUUUCGAUUGAAUUAGU